AUGGCAACAAAAUUAAUAUCUCAAGCAAAUAAGGAUGAAGAACUUGAUGACUACUGUGAUAUGAAACCACUAAUAAAAAUAAAUGAAGUAUCAGAAAUAUUGGACAAAAAUGCGGACCAUUUUAUUUCAUCACAAUCAAAAUUAUGGAGUAAUAACGAAAAAUAUUUAAAGAGUAAAAAGAUUGUGGACGGAUUAAAAGUUUCAAAUGAUACAGCAGAAAGGGGUGUUAAAUUAAUAACAGAUUACAACUCAUGUAUUACAAAAGAGGAAGAUCAAAAACAAUAUCUUUUGCAAGUAAUUGCUGAAUGUCGGACAAAAUUUCCUGGUUGCUCAAAAGCCUCUUUAUCCGAGCCUCUACCUUUUGAACGAUGA